AUGGCCUCACAAGUCUUGGUCUAUCCACCAUAUGUUUAUCAAACCCAGUCAAGUGCCUUUUGUAGUGUGAAGAAACUCAAACUAGAACCAAGCAGUUGCGUGUACCACGAAAGAACCUACCCGCAAAUCUACGUGAAUGGUAAAAACUUUGGAAUUCCUCCCCACAGGGUUAGUACUUUCUUUCAGACUAAAAAUCCAUUUGACAGACCUCGAGGACAGAACUUUUUGUUGCAGUCAGAUGCUGUUGCUUUAAAAAGUAUUGCAGGUGCUACAAAAGCAUUAGCAGCGCGGGCGCAGCAAGCUCAGUUGGAAGCACCUCGGACUGGCACGCAGGGAAGUCGAUCAGAUAUCCUGGAAGGACCCCAGCGAUGUGGAUUGAAGCGUAAGAGUGAGGAGCUAGAUAAUCAAAACAGCACGAUGCAGAUUGUAGAUGAACUGUCCAUCCUGCCUGCAAUGUUGCAAACCAACGUAGGAAACCCCGUGACAGUUGUGACAACAGCUGCAACUUCGAAGCAAAGUGGUACAAGCGGAGAUGGAGAUUACCAGUUAGUACAGCAUGAGGUAUUGUGCUCUGUGAAAAACACUUAUGAGGUUCUUGAUUUCCUUGGGAGAGGGACUUUUGGACAAGUAGUGAAGUGCUGGAAAAGGGGGACAAAUGAGAUUGUGGCAAUCAAAAUCCUGAAGAAUCAUCCUUCAUAUGCACGCCAAGGACAAAUAGAAGUGAGCAUAUUAGCGAGACUGAGUACUGAAAAUGCUGAUGAAUUUAACUUUGUGAGAGCCUAUGAAUGCUUUCAGCAUCGUAACCAUACUUGUCUGGUUUUUGAGAUGUUGGAACAGAAUUUAUACGACUUCCUGAAACAAAACAAAUUCAGCCCUCUGCAACUGAAAGUAAUACGGCCUAUUCUGCAACAGGUGGCCACUGCACUGAAAAAACUAAAAAGUCUGGGUUUAAUCCAUGCUGACCUCAAACCAGAGAACAUUAUGUUGGUGGAUCCUGUUCGGCAGCCUUAUCGGGUUAAAGUAAUAGACUUUGGGUCUGCCAGCCAUGUAUCAAAGACUAUUUGUUCAACCUAUUUACAAUCUCGGUAUUACAGAGCACCAGAGAUCAUACUGGGAUUGCCGUUUUGUGAAGCCAUAGACAUGUGGUCGUUAGGGUGUGUGAUUGCAGAGCUGUUUCUUGGAUGGCCACUGUACCCAGGAGCACUGGAAUAUGACCAGAUUCGUUACAUUUCACAGACUCAAGGUUUGCCAGGGGAGCAGUUGUUAAGCAUGGGAACGAAAACUGCAAGAUUUUUCUGUAGAGAAACAGAUGCACCAUAUUCUAGUUGGAGAUUAAAGACAUUGGAAGAGCAUGAGGCAGAGACAGGUAUGAAGUCCAAAGAGGCCAGAAAGUAUAUUUUCAACAGUUUGGAUGAUAUAGUGCAUGUGAACAUGGUGAUGGAUUUGGAAGGAAGUGACCUGUUGGCAGAGAAGGCAGAUCGGAGGGAGUUUGUCAGUCUGUUGAAGAAAAUGUUGCUGAUUGAUGCUGAUUUAAGAAUCACUCCAGCUGAGACCCUGAACCAUUCUUUUGUUACCAUGAAGCACCUCCUUGAUUUUCCUCAUAGCAACCAAGUGAAGUCCUGUUUUCAUAUCAUGGAUGUAUGCAAAAGCAGAUCAAAUUUGUAUGACUUAAGUAAUCGCAAUAAAACGUCACUAAUGAGACCAGUUGCCUCUGGCAGUGCAGCUAAUCUGACUGCAAGCUUUACCAAAAUUAGUCCAGUAAGAAGCCAGGCAUUAACUGCAUCUGCCCAUUCCAUUUUGCACCAAGGAAUACCACUGCAGGCAGGAACUGCUCAGUUUGGUUGCAGUGAUGUUUUCCAACAGGCAUUGAUUAUAUGUCCUCCAACUAUUCAAGGAAUUCCUACAAACCCUAGUAAACCUACCAGUUUCUCCCUGAGGGUGGACAAUGCAGUUCCUUUGGUGACCCAAGCGCACGCAAUUCAGCCGCUCCAGAUUCGAGCAGGAAUCCUUUCUCAGACGUGGUCGAAUCAGACCCAGCAAAUACUGGUUCCUGCAUGGCAGCAAGUAGCACCAGUGGCAGCUCCUGCUACAUCUCUGGCCUCUGAUCCUGUGGCUGGCCCACAGAGGCUUGGAGACUGGGGGAAGAUGAUUACCCAGGGCACCCAUUACAAUUCAUUGAUACCACAGCCUCUUUUAACACAUCAGAUAACCUUGUCUGCCCCUCAGCCAAUUAGUGUGGGCAUUGCACAUGUUGUCUGGCCUCAGCCUGCAGCUACCAAGAGGAACAAACUGUGUCACAACAGGAGCAAUGUGUUACAAAAUACCAAUAUCCAAAAUUCAGCCUUUAUAUCUCCAAAGAUACUUAACCUGAAGGCUGUGAAGAGAAUAAGCUGUAUAGAAGCACAGGACAAUCAUAAGUCAGAAGGACAGGAAAGUAACUGUUGUGAAGCAUCGGUCAGGCUGGAUCCUGAUUCAACUCUGUCAACCAAACAGCGCCAGGCUAUCUUCAUUGCUGGCUCCCCCAGCCCAGCAGUCAGCGUCAUCACCAUCAGCAGUGACACAGAUGAAGAUGACAUAGGACAAACACAUUCACUAAGAGAGUGUAAAGGUAGCCUUGACUGUGAAGCCUGCCAGAACACCCUGAACAUCGACCGUGUGUGUUCUCUCAGCAGUCCUGACAGCACCCUGAGCACAAGCUCCUCAGGACAGUCUAGUCCAUCUCCUUGCAAGAGAUCCAACAGUAUGUCAGAUGAUGAGCAAGAAAGUGGAUGUGAUACAGUGGAUGGUUCCCCAACUUCAGACUCUUCAGGCCAUGACAGCCCAUUUGUGGAAAACGGCUUUGUAGCUAAUACCAAUAAAAAUAAGGAAGCAAGAGCAUCAGUUAAUCCUGAAACCAAAUCAGCUGUUUGCACGGUAGUGGUGCCACCAAUGAGACUUGAAAACAGGUUACAUCUUGAUGAACAAAUGGUGAAUACAGAUUCUACAUGCCAGCCACUGAAGAAGGGUCGGUCUGUCCUGGGAAGAAUAAACCAAUCUUCUGUUGUAGGAAGUCGUCAGCAAAAACUGACGUCAGCAUUCCAUCAGCGACAUACAAACUUCAGUCAGGUUCAGCACUUUGGGUCUGGGCUGCAGGAAUGGAAUGGAAACUAUGCUCAUCGGAGGCAGCAGCCUUACCUCCCAGCCAGCCUUGCCGGUCACGCUUUCUCCCUUCCACAAGGAAGUCCGAAUCCCACUGCCGUGCACGCACAUCUCCCCGGAAGUACCCACCUUGGAGGACAGCCUGCUAUUCUUCCAUACCCAUCAUCAGCACCCCUGAGUACUGCUGCUCCCGUUGCCCACCUUCUUGCCUCGCCAUGUACCUCAAGACCCUUGUUACAGCACCCAACGUACAAUAUAUCGCAUCCCAGUGGUAUAGUUCACCAGGUUCCAGUUGGCAUAAAUCCCCGUCUCUUACCUUCCCCAACCAUUCAUCAGACUCAAUACAAACCAAUUUUCCCACCACAUUCGUACAUUGCAGCAUCACCUGCUUACACAGGAUUUCCAUUGAGUCCAACAAAACUCAGCCAGUAUCCAUUUAUGUGAGAACUCAAAUACAGUGUAUUGAGGAAGCUCAAUGAUGCAGAAGUUUGAUUUAAGAAGAAACAUGGUAUUUAUUAAAUAUUAGCCAUGGCACAACAGGAAAAUUAUUUUUUUGAAUCAUGUAGACUUGGGUGCAAUUUAAACAACUGAGCUUUAAGAAAACUCACUUUUAAUGUGUUUUGCACAUUUGGUAUAACUUGUCUUUCUUUGGUCAUGUUAUCUUCUUAUAUAGUAACCUUAGACAGGUGACUUAUGGGAGCAGAAAUCUGGUUUUGCUCCUGCUAUUUUUUAUAAAAUUGCCUUCUAACUAGUGCAAGACACGUCUACAUUUGGGAAGCCAUUCAGUGUACAGAACUAGAGCAACAGAUGCACAUAUGUCAGCAGUACAGUGUAGAAGUAACUUGUUUGUGUUGCGUAUCUUGAUGUUUAAAUGUUGAGUCACUUAUCUAAAAGUUGAGCUGUUGUUCCUCACAUUGCAUGUGUCUUUUGCAUGGGCAAAAAAAAAGAAGAAAGCCUAAACAUUGCUCUUAAAUGUUGUUGUCCUAAUAAUCUCAGCUGCAUUGUAAACUGUUCCCACACAUAGUGCCUUAAAUAUUUGAGGUUGUUAAUGUUAUUACUUAUAUAUAAAUGUUAGAGGACUGCAGCACUUAAAAAUUCAGAUCUUCUGAUUUUUGAUAGCGUAAUGCUCAUUUUGGGUUUUGUGUGGUAUGAUUUUAGUAUUGGGUGUGUUUUCCUUAUCGAGGAGACGGCAUGUUUUGCUGUAGCUGAAUUUUGCUGUCUUAUUUUUCCCCCAGAAUGAUCUAGCUUCAAGAGAAGAUUUUAGUAGUGCUUCAGAAAAGUUGAUUCAGUAUCAAUUGAGUAGUGACACACAACACAGUAUUUCAUACUGGCAAAUGGAACUGCAAUACAACCUAAGUAGUUGGUUUUUAAAGUGUUUGUCUAAUUGGAUAUAAUAAAAUGUUUAGAGGUGCAGUAGGCAUGGCUGACUAGCUAAUGAAAGCAAAAGCCAAGUGCUCAUUGAUCCAUGAUGUGGUUUCAUCUUAGCUUGAGCAAACCAUGCAGUAUUUAAUAACUAGUAGCAGAAUAUUUACUAUUGAAGCUUGAAAAGAUGUGAGUUCUUUGUGUGCAAUCUUUCAUUUAUGCAUGGGAGAGAUUUUAGUCUUUUUACAUGAUAAUAUUUGUUUUAGCCUGUUGCGGGUGUUUGCUUAUUUAAUACAUUCCGUCAGGGACGUAAAUUACAUGCUUUUUGCAUUAUUUCUUUCCUUAGGAAGUGUGUCUUUUUUUGGGUUUUUUUUUUUUGUUCUGUUUUGUUUCGUUCAAAUGAAGUUGCUUUUGCAGCACCAAAGACUUAAUCAUCCAUUUCCUAUAAAAGGUAGCUACUUUUUCAUAGACCUCAAGUAUGCUGUAGUGUAGAGAUGGGAUUUAUGGAAGGUAUUAAGCUGAGGCUGUGUUUUAGCUUAUGGGCAAGUAAUAAAUUGUAUCAUUUAUCUUGAAUGUAUCAUAGAUAAGCUGCUAUAUAAUGAUUGCCACUUCGGAUAGCUGUGAAAUUAGGUGAUUAACUAGUUCUUUAUUAGCCUUCUAAUUUCUGUACAAGUCUAAUUACAUGAAAUAGAAGCCGGGUUUUGGGUUUGUGGGUUGUUUUUUUUUGUUUAUUUUUUUGUUUGUUUGUUUUUUUAACUUUGUUUUCAUGUUUGAAGUGUUGUAACUACUAUACUGUAAAUGAUGAAAGAUAAUUGCAUAUGGUUUUUUUGGGUGUGUUAUUUGCAUCAGUAUUUUAUCUCCAUUAACUAUGAGCUCAUCACGGCAUAUAAGUGGAUGUAUUGAUGUAACUUAAUUUUUUUAUGUUUUCAUAUUGGCAUUGUGUAGACACUUAAGAAGCUGCACCUUGCAGGCUUGACUUAACUUUUUUUUAAAACAAAAUCUGGAAUACAAUCCUUGCAACGUUGACUGGAAUAGGAGUGCAAAGCAUUUGAGUUUAACUCUGUCAAUAAGCUAAUAACUGGUAAUCUUUUUUCUUUACUCCACUAACACAAGCAGUGUUUUAUUUAAUGAAUGUCUGAAUGAAAUAAAUGUGCCUACAUUUGAUUUACUUUUUAGGUAAUAACUAAAAUACAACAGUAUUAGAUUAUUAAAAAUAAUAAAAAUACCAGCAGUACAUUUUUAAUCACACUGAAAAUCAAGAAACCUAACUUUUCCCAAAAGUUUCAGUGUUUUUAGUAAUCAACUCUAUGCAUUUUGUACAAGUGUAUGUAUAUAAAGUAUACAUGAGAAACUAUCCUGAGGAAUUUGAAAUCAUAUCAACACAUAUAUAAAGCCUAAAUAUAGGGAGUCAAGAAAAUGCUCAAAUUGGAUAACCACCUUGCCACUUCAAACUUGUGCUAUAUGGUCCAGCAGAUAGUUU